CAACAGAGCAUUUCAUUGGCUGCGCCGUAGCAACCGGAAUGAGUCCAUAGCAACAGGUAAUGAACAAGUUCUUUUUGACAACAAUGUAGCUAGACUGCUAGUUAAAGCGGUAAAAUACGUUUUAGCAAUAGAGUUAUAACGGCAAGAGCUCAAAGUAUUAGUAAGAAUAAAUUGUAACCUUUUUAAAAUGGGGGACAAAAAGACUGGUCCCAAGCGUAUUUUUGUCAACGACGUCGACAAGUAUUCCUCCAGACACAUCGCCAAGUUUUUAUCGACAUGCGUAUCCGGAGAUAGCUCCGAAGAUGCCGAGGCAGAGGAGACUUCAGCCUCCCCCCAAGGUGAGCCUGCUUUCCAGAUAGUGGGAACUGUAUCCCCCUCCUCCAAAGACGAAAAGAUAAGCUUUCUGCUGGAACAAUAUACGUCACCAACUCGAGAUGAGCUUCUUGAACAUCUGCUGGAGUGUGAUGUGGUCGUGUACAACAUCUCCGAAAAUGCAACACAAGAAGAGGUUGAAGAGGCAACAUGGGCAAUUACAGCCCUUCAUGCUGAGUUGGAAAACUUCAAGUCUCGGAAAAUGUUCAUCUUAGUCUCGACAGUGAUGACCUGGGCCAUGACCAAGCCACAGAAUCCGGAGGAACCAGAUGUUCUGCUGACGGAAGAAGAGUUCAGAAGAAGAAGGCCUCAUCCCAGUUUCAGAAACCACAACAAUCUGGAGAAACUUGUGCUCAAACUGGGUAGAGGGAAGAAGACCAAACUCAACGGUUACGUUUUGGGUUGUGGUCUUCAGUAUGGCAAGGGGGAGAACCUCUUUCACUACUUCUUCAAGGUGUCUUGGCUGAUGCAGUUUCCAGGAGUUCCUGUAUUUGGACAGGGAACAAAUCACAUCCCUAUGAUUCAUGUCUAUGACCUUGCAGGAGUGAUCCAAAACAUCAUUGAACACAGGCCAAAGUCAAAGUACAUCCUUGCUGUCGAUGAUUCCAAGAACACUUUGGAGGAUAUUGUAAAGAUGAUAAGUGAAACACUUGGGCCGGGAAAAAUUAACAAAUUACCACAGCAGGAAGCCAUCACCAUGAGGGCUUUUAAGCCAGAGGAGCUGGAGUACCUGAAUAUCAACCUCCGCAUGGACGCUUUCAUCAUAAAAGAUUCCUUUCAGCCUCACAUGGACGUCGAGUCUGGGAUGGUUGAGAACAUGGAGAGAAUUGUGGAGGAAUACAAAGACACCAGACAGCUACUUCCCAUCAGAAUCUGCGUGGUUGGACCUCCAUCUGUGGGUAAAACCACUGUUUCAGAGAAGCUCUGCAAUCACUACCAGAUACACCACAUCAAGAUCAAAGAGGUCAUUAAGGAAAAGAUUACACAACUGAAAAGGAUAGUGGAUGGAGAUGACCCUGAAGAAGAUGUCAGUGAAGAGCUGAUAGCUGCUGCGCACACACAACUGGACGAUAUUAACAAAAGCAUGGAAAUGAAUGCAGGUCGACUGGCUGACCAUCUAGUGUUUGACAUUUUGCAAGAAAAGCUGAAUUCAAAGCCAUGUAGGAACCAAGGAUUUGUUCUGGAUGGCUUCCCUAAGGCCUACGAACAAGCAAAGAUGAUUUUCUUGGACGAGGAAACAGAGAACCAGGACCUGAUGGUUAAAGCACCUGUGUACAACAAGAAGAUCACUCCAGAGCAUGUUAUUGCUUUGGAAGCAUCUGAUGAUUUCCUGACAAAAAGAGUACAAGGACUUCCAGAGAGUGUAGCAGAGAAAAUGCGUUACACCCAGGAUCAGUUUCUACCCCGCCUCAUGAGAUACAGACAGCGCUGCACUGCUGAGGAAACCCUGCUGGACUACUUCGACGAACUAGAGAUUCACCCAGAACACAUCGAGGUCACUACAGAUGAUCCAGAAUACACAGAUGUUAUGAGCAAGAUCACGGAGAUGGUGGGGGUUCCCAAGAACUAUGGCCUGAGUCCAGAGGAGCAGGAGGAGGAGGACAGAAAGAAAGAAGAAGAGAGGAAGCAGAAAGUGGUUGCAGAGGCUGCUGAGAGGAAACGCAGGAACGAGGCUGCACUGGCUGAGAUGGCUGCUCAGUAUGAGGAGUGGCAGAAGAAUUUGUCAGAGGUGAAAAGACAGGAGCACGAGCUGCUGGAAGCUCACUCUCUCCCUCUGAGAAACUACCUGAUGAAGUAUGUGAUGCCCUCGCUCACUGAGGCCAUGUUAGAGUGCUGCAAGAUCAAACCAGACGACCCCGUCGAUUUCCUGGCUGAACAUCUUCUGCGGAACAACCAACAAGAUUAAAAAUCAAUUUCAGAAGGAGAUGAUGGAACACAUAUAUUCAUUCUACAGUAAUUAACAUAGUCAAACGAUAACAGUACCGGACGUGGUAAUGUGAAAUGAUCUGAGUGAACCAUCAGUGUUACAGGCUACAAUAAAUAUGAGAAUGUUUGAUUAGAAAGCUGUAAAAAUUUUGUUUCUGAUCCCGUCAUUUCAGCAGUUGAUCUGUUUGUUAAUAUCACAGAUACCCUUCAUAAAACCUCGGACAGGUCCAUGCUUGUGUUUUUGUUGUCAUAUACACGUUUGCCCAGGGCAGAGAGUGGCUGGCUUUCAAGAUCUUUCUUUAUAAAAACACCAAUGAAACACUAACAUGUUUCUGCAGUGAGUCAUAACUCAGUGAGUCAGUGAGUUAUCUACACACUAGGGGAACCAGCAUGUAUAAUCCCUAUAAUCCCUAUAAUUCCUUUGAGUUGACAAGUUGUGGGAAUAAAUCUGUUAUCGUUGUGUUGUUAAAUGGUCAAAUAACUGAAACUGCUCACGGACUUCUCAGCUUCCUAUAAGUCAUCAGAUCUGCAUUGUUGUCUUGAUUUCCUACAGCCAGGUCAGAGGUCAAACGCAACAUUGGAGACUCCACUUGAUAAACUAAAGAGCUAAAAAACAAAGUGUCCUGCUGGAAGAGGAUUAAAACUGGUCAGAGUGAUUUUCCAAACAACCAAAAAUCACCUAAAAUCACGAUAACGCAGGAAUAAAAUACUUAAA